AUGGCUGGUAACGACUACCUACUCUUCGAUGAGGUUGAGGUCAACCCUCACGGGGGAGUGCAGGAGGCGAGGGAGAUAGGCGCUAAUGCAGUCGAGAGAGACCGAUCUCUCCCGACACGAAGAGUGUGGCCAGCUGUCGUGAAGGUCCCGUGGAUUGAUGAUCGCAGACCUAAGCAGAAUUAUGAUGCCAUCAGAGGCCGAGAUUUGAAGAUCACACAGAGGCUGGCCAAGAGACCUGAAGAGUUAGCAGCGUAUGAAGCGGCCGUGGACGAGCUCUUGAAGUCCGGGGCGGUCGAGGAACUCCCACUGGGGGAGGACCCGAGGAAGUGGGCCUACCACUAUAUGUGUGGGGUUCCGGUCUUCGCCAAUCAGCGAAAGUCCACUCGCUGUCGUAUCUGCAUCGACGCUCGAGAGCUUAACAACUUCACGAAUAAAGCAGGGGACGAGGCGGCCGCGGACAUGGACCUACAGUCACGGAUUCUAGAGUGGCGAGCCUCAAAGAGAGUUGAUUGUGAGGACCUCAAGAAGGCCUUCUGGUCGGUUCACAUCGAUGAAUCGGAUGUGAAGUGGUUGGGGAUGUGCGUCGGGUCGAGGAUCAUAAGGUGGAUCCAUGUCCCUUUCGGGACGAAUUGGUCCCCUUGGGCCCUCUCCUCGGUCUUGGGAAAGAUCCUCAAACAGAUCGGGGGGACGGACGGUGCCGAAGCUAUCUCCUUCUAUGUCGACGAUGUCCUUCUGACGCAGACGGUGUCGAAGAUUCGUCGGGAGGUGGUUCCCGCAUUAGAAGAGCGGGGGUUCGAGGUCCACCAGGACAAGCGAAUGUCCAAUCUCGACACGGGUGAAGACUGUAUAGGUCGAGGGGUAUCUAAGGAGAAGAUUCUCAGUGAGAAGUUCAGAACAGGAGGUUGGCUCGGUUACGACUGGCUCUGUGGCGAGCGAAUUGAUGUUAUCGAUGUGCGGCUGCGACAGAUAGAAUUGGCGAAGGAAUCCAAGGUCACGGAGUCUGCCCUGAGAUCAGCAUUUGGCAAGUUCUUCGACCCCAUGGGUCUUUUCGCGGAAGUGUCCUUGGAGCUCAGAUGGGCGGCUCGGCUGGCUCAUGAGAGACUGAAGCAGAGGAGGAAGGACUUCGGAGAUGGUACGGACAUUGUGGACGAGGAGACGGCAUCUAUUAUAUUGAGUACCAUUACUGCAUGUAACUCAUUCCUGCAAUCUGAUCGUAUUCUUCCCCCUCGCUAUCUUGAUGUGUCUACUUUAUUCGUCUUCGUCGAUGCCUCUGAGGCCUGCAUUGCUAUUGAUAUUCGAGUCGGCUCGGGUACGCGUCUCUUCGCUAAGUUCAGUGUGACUCCGGGAGGCACGAUGCCCAGGAGAGAAUUGGAAGCAAUGCGCCUCGGCGUUGAGCAAUUGUAUAGCAUUGUUGUGGCAUUGAGAUCCAAAGUCACGAGAUCAGUCAUAGCUACUUCGGACGGUCCCGAUGAGAUAGCCUCCGAGGGAGAGACGAGUGAGGGUGAAGGCCAAGAAGAGUUAUCGGGAGAGCAGUGUGAGUGUCUCGUUGGCCAGUAA